AUGAGCCAGAGGCCAUUAGCUACUCUAAAUGGUACAAGUAGUAGACUGCCACGAUUACCAGUACCCAAGAGUUCUACAAAAAUGCCUGUACCAAUGAAGAGAACAAGAAGCCCAGAUGAGUUGCCAUCAGAAAAGAGGAUGUGUUUGGAAAGUCGAUUCUCAACAGGUUCUAACUCCAGCACUGAUAGUUCUGCAAGUCUCAACUCCCAAACAUCUGGAUCAAGCCUCCGUUCUCAAACAUCUGGAUCAAACCUCCGUUCUCAAACAUCUGGAUCAAAACUCCGCUCUCAAACAUCUGGAUCAAAUUUACGUGCAAAUAAUAAUGUCUUUAAUAGACCUAAACCUGUAACAGCAAAACCUCCAUCCACAACCAAAAGUGUCCCUGCCAGAACUGGUGUGACCAGGUCUAAUUCUGUUGCAGUAAAGCCAGCUGUCAAACCUAGCGUUACAAGGUCUACAGUGGUAUCUCGUGUUGGUCCAACUAGCAAAACUACAGGAAAAACAACAGGAUCUUCUGGUCAACAGGCACAGAAGUCUUCAGAAAGUGGUGGUGGGACGAAGAAGCGUCAAGCAUGGGACUUAAAAGGGCGUAUUCAGGACAUGGAAUUAAUCCUGAAAGAACAAAAAACUUCCAGCGCUGAUCUGAUGAUGCAGUUGAAGAUCAACAAAGACCUUAUCUUCAACUUGGAGAACCAAAACAGCCAUCUUUCUGGUACUGUGGCACAGAAAGAGCAGGUGGCCUCAGCUGUCUCAGAAGAAAUUGCCAUCCUCAAGAAUCAAAUAAGAGAAAAGGAAGAAAAGUUUGAUAGUGUAAAAAGGAAAUUUCUGGGGGAAAUCAGUGAUCUGACUUUCUUGAAGGAAUCUUUGGAGCGUCAGAAACUUCAGCUAGAUGGUGAAGUUGCUGCUGCUAAUGCUGAGAUCCGUGGCCUCAAGACAACUGUGGCACAGAUGACAUCUGCUCAGGCUGGCAUGUCUGCUGAACUCGAGGCAACCAAGAUUUCGUUGGAGGCGGCCAUGAAAGCAGGUCAACAGAAGGAUGAUAAUAUAUGCAGAUUGAAUGGAGUUGUGAGGUCGCAUGAAGAAACCAUUGAAGACUUCAACGCCAAGUUCAGAGAGCAUGAGACAGCACGGCGUAAACUCCACAACACCAUACAGGAACUUAAGGGUAAUAUUCGUGUCUUUUGUCGAGUACGUCCACUUCUUGGGGAUGAAUGUCUUGGUAACAAUGGCGAGGUACAACACAUGAACUUCCCUGACUUGGACCAGAAGGUUCUUGAACUGGAGAAAGUUGGGGACAUGUCUAUGAAUGAGAGCUGUCUGACAGCAAGUCGACGUGGAAACAAAUUUGAGUUUUCAUUUGACAGAGUUUUCCAGCCUUCUGCUUCACAAUCUGAGGUGUUUGAGGAAAUUUCACAAUUAAUACAGAGUGCACUUGAUGGAUACAAUGUGUGUAUAUUUGCCUACGGACAGACAGGCUCUGGAAAAACUUACACAAUGGAAGGUGGAUCAGUGGAUGACCCAGAGAGCCAGGGCAUGAUCCCAAGGUCUGUCAUUCAGAUCUUUGAGAGCAUCAAGGAGCUGGAGUCAAAAGGAUGGAAGUAUAGUAUGGAGGCUUCUUUCCUGGAAAUUUACAAUGAAACCAUCCGAGAUCUGCUUGGAAAUGGCAAAGAUGAUGUCAAACAUGAUAUCAAGUUGACUGGGUCAAGCAGUAAUGAUGUCACUGUGACAAAUCUCACUUUUGUCACUGUGGAAACAGACACACAGAUCACCACUUUGUUGAAGAAAGCAUCACACAACAGGGCAGUGGCAGAGACCAAAUGUAAUGAGCACUCAUCCCGGAGUCACAGUGUGUUACGGCUGAAACUGACUGGGGAAAAUUCACUUAGUGGAGAAGCUUGUGUUGGAACUCUCAAUUUAGUUGAUCUUGCUGGGAGUGAGAGACUAAAGGACUCCGGGUCAGAAGGUCAGCGACUGAAGGAGACUCUGAGUAUCAACAAGAGUUUGAGUACAUUAGGAAAUGUUAUCAUGGCCCUUGGCAAUAAGGAUAACCAUGUUCCUUAUCGCAACUCCAAACUGACCUACCUCCUUCAGAACUCCUUGGGUGGUAACAGCAAAACCCUUAUGUUUGUCAAUGCCUCCCCGAAGGCAGAGUGCUUCCCAGAAACUCUCAACUCAUUGCGCUUUGCAACCAAGGUGAAUCAGUGCAAUAUUGGUACUGCCCAGAAGAAAGCAAAAUGAAAAUGAUAGACAGAAAAAGCAAGGAAGCUUGAGAGGAGAGCAAGGGACAUGAGAGUAUGACAGUAAGAGGUGAAAGAGGAGUUAGAGUGCUUUGUUUUAUAUAUCCUUGUUAUAAUUUUCACUGUCAAGGGUGUUUACAGAGAGUACUGUUUUAAUGACUUGUCUUGUAAGGAUUUUUAAUUUGAUUCUUAAUGAUAAAGGAGAAACCAUAACAUGAUCUAUCUUGAUGCCACGCUAGUUUGAUUAUUAACUCUACAUCAGUGAUUUCUUUUUCUCCAAUAUAAAUUUGCCCCAACAACU